AUGGAAUCUCUUGUAAAUACUGUCAAGGGAGCUGCACUCAGUGUUUCUGAAGCUUUAACCCCUGUGCUGAGAGACUCAAAGUUCAAGGAAACUGGCGUUUUGACUCCGGAUGAAUUCGUUGCUGCUGGAGAUUAUUUAGUUUACCACUGUCCGACUUGGUCGUGGGCUCCGGCUGCCGACGCUUCAAAAAAAAGAAGUUAUUUACCAGAAGAUAAGCAGUUUUUAAUGACGCGGAACGUCCCAUGCUAUAGACGAUGCACUGAUAUGGAUUACGACCCUACUCAAGAAAAGGUAUUAACGAAUAAAGAAAUGUUUGAAGGCGGGGAUAAUGAUGAGUUCGGUGAUUGGGUAGACACACAUCAUUAUGCGUCUGAGAAGGAAGCUGAAGAUGUUAAGAAUAUUGAGGAAGUUUCCUCUGUUGCUGUUGAGAGUAGUGUAACUGAAGAAGAAGCAGAUGACGAGGAACUGCCUGCUGUAGACAUGGAUGAAUAUAUGGCAUCAGGCGUAUUUGAAAUUGAGGAUCCUAACAGGUUUGUUGCAUCAAAGGCAGCGUCAAAGAGUGCUGUUCAAGACGAUUCUCUUUUACGUACUAGAACUUACAACCUUCACAUAACUUACGACAAAUAUUAUCAGGCAAGAAAUCUUUAUCUUCAUUCACGGAUCUCUGAUAGUCCAACAUAUAAGUGUACAUUAUUAGUACCAAGGUUUUGGCUAAACGGCUACAAUGAAGCAAAUCAGCCACUAACUGAUGAAGAAAUGAAUGAAGAUUUUUCGCAAGAUCACGCGAGGAAGACGAUAACAAUGGAAAAUCACCCUCAUCUGCACAACACUGUUAUGGCUACUAUUCAUCCAUGUAGGCAUUCUGAAGUUAUGAAGCGCCUUAUGGAGCAGAUAGCUGAGACUGGAAAGGAACUUAGAGUGGAGCAUUAUCUAAUAAUUUUUCUUAAAUUUGUUCAGGCAGUCAUCCCAACAAUUGAGUAUGAUUACACUCGUGGCGUGCAGAUAUGA